UCGCCCCCUCAAGAGAUGGCUAUAGAUGAAGAUGAAGACGAGGACAGUAGUGACGAGGAAAGUGACAAGAAGGUUGAGCAGUCAAUUUCAACACCAUCGAAAGCAAAAGAGAUUAAAAAGAAAUCGGCGGAAACACCAUCAUCUAGGAUAAAGGAAACUAAAAAGAAGAAGGAAGACACGAUAAAGAAAGAUUUGAAGUCACUCUCUCAAAAGGUGGAUAUGGACAAAGAUGAAGAAGACGAGGACAGUAGUGACGAGGAAAGUGACAAGAAGGUUGAGCAGCCAAUUUCACCACCAUCAAAAGCAAAAGAGAUUAAAAAGAAAUCGGCGGAAACCCUAUCAUCCAAGAUAAAGGCAACUAAAAAGAAGAACGAAGACACGAUUAAGAAAAAUUUGAAGUCACUUUCUCAAAAGGCGGAUGUGGACAAAGAGGAAGAAGACGAGGAAAGUAGUGGCGCACCAUCAUCAAAAGCAAAGGAGGUUAAAAAGAAAUUGGCGGAAACCCCAUCACCCAAGAUAAAGAAAACUAAAAAGAAAACGGUAGCGGUUGAUGUUAAAUCUGUUGAACAAUCCGAAUUGAAGAAACGCAAAGCAAAAACCAGUAAGAAUGACAAUAAACCACAAAAAUCAGCAAAAUUCUCCUUAACGGAUGAUGUCAGCAACAAAGUUCAAGAAAUGCCAGACGAUGCAUAUUCAUCAUCGGAAGAAUCUGAAGUUGAGCAGCUGAUUCCAUUAUCAACUAAAGUAAAAGAAACUAAAAAGAAAUCGGCGGAAAAACCAUCACCCAAGAUAAAGGAAACUAAAAAGAAAUCGGCGGAAAAGCCAUCAUCCGAGAUAAAGGAAUCUAAAAAGAAAUCGGCGGAAAAACCAUCACCCAAGAUAAAGGAAACUAAAAAGAAAACGACAGCGACGGUCGAUGUUGAGGAGGCUGAGUCGAAGGUCGCUAAACAAUCCGAAUCGAAGAAACGUAAAGCAAAAACCAGUAAAGGUGAUGAUAAACCUAAAAAAUCAGUAAAAGUAUCUUUUGCUGAUGACGUCGGCUUACACUCAACAAAGGUCAUAAAUCCAAAAAAACAACCAAAGCAACCAAAAAAUAAGUGA